GUCUCGCGGCGAUGACGUCACCGCUCAUUCAGUCGCGUCGAGUCUUCUGAGGAGAGGCGAGCAGCUCACGGUAUUUCUCAUAUUUACACAAAUAUCAGACACUUUUCUGGGGUUUCAGCAACACACACAGGCUCGUCAGUGUAUCGAGUUCAUUGGGUUGAGUGUUUGAUGAAUUAAACACUCAGAACAGCAGACAACAACUACAUCUGCUGCUUCCACACAGAAAUUCAUCAUCCCCGAAGCUCCUCCCACUCUUGGAUGUCAUCAAUGAAGCUCCUCCCACUCUGGACAAAUCAUCAGUGGAAUAAUAAUAAUCAUGGAAUAAUCAUCCUCCUACAUCAACCACACCGCCAAUAAAUGCUGGAAGACUUCAGCAUUUCACAAUUAGUUCACAAGUGAAGACGAGCAUCAGAACAUCAUGAAAGAGCUGAAAUCUGAGUUUAUUAAAGAGGAAAGUGAGAACAUUAGUGAUUUAGAACCCUGCAGAAUCAAACACACUGAAGAAGAACUGAGAGACCCUAAAGAAGAGAACGAGGAGAUUGAAGUGGAGGAGAAACAUCAUGUCAAACCUGAAGAAAAACCUUUGAGUCACUUGAAUUCAAAAAAUAUAUUUUUAAAGGAAACAAGAGCUGAGGAAUCUUCCACCUGCACUCAGUGUGGAGAGCAUUUCAAAAACGAACGAAGUCUUGAGAAUCACAUGAGAGUUCACACUAAAGAGAAGCCACAUUCAAGUUUUAAAUCGCAUCAGAAAACACAUACUGGUGUAAAAGAUCAUGUGUGCUUAGAGUGUGGGAAGUCAUUUACUUGGGCAACACACUUAAAACAGCACCAGAGGUUCCACACUGGAGAAAAACCUUAUAAGUGUUCACACUGUGAUAAGAGAUUCAGUUGGAUAGCAAAUCUGAAAACACAUGAGCAGAUCCACAGCAGAGAGAAAACACACACAUGUGAUUUGUGCGGCAAGAGCUUCACUAGCAAAAAACGUGUUAGAGUCCAUAUGAAGAUCCACACUGGAGAAAAACCAUACACUUGUGAUCAAUGUGGAAAGAGUUUCACUCAAUCAUCAUACCUUAAAGGACACAUGAGGAUCCACACUGGAGAAAAACCAUACACAUGUGAUCAAUGUGGAAAGAGUUUUAUUCAAUCAUCAUACCUUAAAGGACACAUGAGGAUCCACACUGGAGAGAAGCCAUACACAUGUGAUCAAUGUGGAAACAGUUUCUCAUUAAAAAACAGUUUUGAUGUUCACAUGAGGAUCCACACUGGAGAAAAUCUACAUGCUUGUGACCAAUGCGGCAAAACGUUUCUUAGGUCAACUGCUCUGAAGAAACACCUGACAGUUCAUACAAAGGAAAGGCCACAUUUGUGUUCUUUAUGUGGAAAGAGUUUUUCACUGCUGCAAAGUUUAAAAUCACAUCAGAAAUUACACAACACUGUGAGAGAUCAUGUGUGCUUCGAGUGUGGGAAGACUUUUGCUUUGGUAAACCAUUUAAAACAGCACCUGAUGAUUCACACUGGAGAGAAACCUCACAAGUGUUCACACUGUGACAAGAGAUUUGCUCAGUCAGCAAAUCUGAAAAGACAUGAGCAGAUCCACACUGGAGAGAAACCAUAUGCAUGUGAUCAUUGUGACAAAACAUUUCUUCUGUCAACAUCCCUGAAGACACACCUGGCAGUUCAUACGGGGGAAAAACCAUAUUCAUGUUCCUUAUGUGGAAAGAGUUUUUCACUGCUGAAAAGAUUAAAAUCACAUCAGAAAACACAUACUGAUGUGAGAGCACAUGUGUGCUUUGAGUGUGGAAAGACUUUUACUUUGGUAAACCAUUUAAAACAGCACCAGAAGACUCACUCUGGAGAGAAACCUUACAAGUGUUCAAACUGUGAUAAGAGAUUCAGUCAGUUAGGAAAUUUGAAAAAACAUAUGAAGAUUCACACCGGAGAUAAACCUUACAAGUGUUCACACUGUGCCAAGACAUUCAGUCAGUCAGCAAAUCUGAAAAGACAUGAGCAAAUCCACAGCAGAGAGAAACCUCACAAGUAUUAACACUGUGAUAAGAGAUUAAUUCAGUCAUCAAAUCUGAAAACACACAAGAAGGUCCACACUGAAGAGAAACCUCAAGAGUGUUCACAUUGUGACAAGACAUUCAGUGUGUCAUCAUUUUUAAUGACUUAAGUUAAAUGUAUUUUAUAUGUAUUACUGUAUUAGCAUUUCAUGGAAAUUAAAAUUCUUGCAAAUAUCAUUAAAAACUUCUAAUUCAUAUGAUCAAGCACAUCUUGAAAAUUUAGAAUGGUUUUACCAGGUGUUAUUCAAUGAUUUAAAGCUUGUGUUAAUGCACAACUCUUCUGCUAUUGAGGUGUGAAGCAGGUAUAAGAUAAGGCUCAGGUUUGGUGUAUGGGUGGGUUUAAGGUUGGGUAAGGGGUCAACAAGUGUACAGGGGUCAAUGUGAUUACUGUCAGGGAACACGAUUCAAUCUGUUUAUAUUGCAUUGUUUUUAUAAGUAUUUUCUUAAAAAUGUGUUUUCCCCUUGUGUAGAUGUAUGCCUCAAGGAAAAUUGAAUGAGUCACAAUAGUAUAUUAAUGUAAGUGUUCAGGUGAUAAAAAUGUGGUUUGCACCCAAAUUUAAAUGUGUGUAAUGUCUUUACAUUUUGCCAUUAAAAUGACUGCUUGUA